GUAUGAAGCUACGCCGACAUCUCCUAUUAUCGCAGGUGCAGGCAUUUUAGAGGGCAAUGACAAUUUGGAUGUCGGGAGUAGUUUUAUGAUGGAUUGCCCUGUACAGUUGAGCAAAGGAGGUAUGACAUGCUUUGUGCAAAGUUCCAAGAAUUGGCCCAGAUUGCAGCUGAUGAUGAGAAACGCACAAAAGAUAUUGUGGCUUGGAUCGAUAAAGAACUGCUUAUCCCAUCUCUGAGAAAGGCAAGUGACGAACGUAUUCCCAAGAACAUGGAAUUGGACAAAAAUCUCACCAAAGCUAUAUUGGACCCUACUUAUUUGAAACAAAAAGGGGCCCCCAAGAAAAAUAGGCUAAAAUCUGUUUUCGAGACAAAAAACAAGAAAAGAAAGCAAGACAAGAAGAUUCGAGAUGAUCACGGUAGGAAAAAAAGUAGUGAACAACGUAAGGUGAACAAGAGCAAGCGGGGAAACCCAGAACAGCCAUCCACAACCCUCUUUACAAGCGUUGGUGACAUAGGUUGUGAAAAUAUGCCUACGUGGGAUUGGCCGGGAGAAGAUGGUGUCUAUGACCUAACUUGCCCAAAUCUUGAUCUCAGGCUAUGAAUCUGUAGAUGUCCCAUCUUUUUUUGUUAAUAUUUUGCAAUGCAUUUGCUCACACAUUUUUUGGUAAGUAUCACUAUGUAAUAUUUUGUAUUCACUACUUACAGAUGAUGUAAAUAAACAUAUUUUGUGGGU